CUGGUCAAAAUCUUCCGGUCGGACGGCCUCAGGGGCCUGUACCAGGGCUUCAGUGUCUCCGUCCAGGGUAUCAUCAUCUACAGAGCUGCCUACUUUGGCAUCUACGACACUGCAAAGGGCAUGCUUCCCGACCCAAAAAACACUCACAUCGUUGUCAGCUGGAUGAUCGCGCAGUCCGUCACCGCCGUCGCCGGCUUGGUGUCCUACCCUUUUGACACGGUUCGUCGUCGCAUGAUGAUGCAGUCUGGCCGUAAAGGAACUGACAUAAUGUACAGCGGCACUAUUGACUGCUGGCGGAAGAUUGCCAGGGACGAGGGCUCCAAGGCAUUUUUCAAGGGAGCAUGGUCGAAUGUACUCCGAGGAAUGGGUGGUGCUUUUGUCUUAGUGCUAUAUGACGAAAUCAAGAAGUACACAUAAGUUGUUUCCUGUUGUGAACUGGCAUGUUGUUAUAUGUAGUCUAUGACCAUUCAUGGACUUGUCUGAAAACCAUCUAGUUACUAAACAGUGAUGGCUGAUGUUUAUACAGGUUGGCAUGGGGCAAGGGCAACUGCCUGCCCUGUCUUUAUCAAGUUAUUCCCACUGACGGGACUCACCAUGGUUUCAAUUUCAGGCAUUCCU